UUAAUGAGUUCAAGCGCUGGACAGUGUUCACAAAAAGUCUCAGUAAUUCAAUAGGCAUAGACAAAAAAUUGUUCAUACAUGCAGCUGGUGAACGAGAAGAUGGGGAGAGCCAUCCAUUGGGGAGGCAAUUUUUCGUGGCUUCCGUUUGCGUGGCAGACGGAGUGUCGACGAACACGAGGAUUUGGCGAUUUCUGCGGAGCGUAUUGCUGUCUGACGAAAUUUCUCAUGUUUCCGGAGGUGGCAAUUCUUCCGACAGAGAAGCUCGAUCGAAGCUCCUCUUGCAUGGAGGAACUGACAGAUGGGGACUUGGAUGCGUUGUUUGGUUGUAUGGUUCGCUAUCACAAGUGGGGAACUGAAGGCGAAACAAACCUACAAACUGCCUCGUCGCUCGAUAUUUUCCUCGCGAAGAGGCGUCAGCGUCUUCGGGAGUCCUUCACCGAACACGAGCAUGACAUUUCAGGUGGAACCGGUAGAGCAUCACCAGGGCUUCUUGCAGCGUCUCUCGGAGAAAAGGAAAUUACCGCAGAUCCUACGCGGUCACCAUCUGGUCACACUCUUGACUCGAUGGCCACGCAUCGCCCCCACGACGAUGCUGUAACCUCUGACAGUGCAUGUUUGUCUGUAACUGCAGACGCAGUUUCUGACCACAGUCUUUGCACCGUCGUUUCCCCGGUUGAGAUGCGACGCAUUGACUCGCUGGAAAAUGCUUUUGCGAAGUCAUUUCCACAGGAAGACUCCCGUGCGCUCAGGAGAGUCAUUCAGAGUGACGAUACGUUCGUUUUCAGCCUUCCCGUAGAAGGGCCCUCCAUCCUUACUGCGGCGCUGGGGAAGCAGCUGACCCAGUCUGUCCCGGAAAAUCGUUGCAAAAGGUGCCUCCGUGAGUUUAUUUUUGCAUGA